UUAUGUAGCAGUUUUAUGGAGGUCCAACAUUGGUUGCAGGAUUGUAAUUUCCAAGGAUUUAUUUGCCAAAAAUUUUGUACUGAUGCUAUUGCUAGUUCAUCAAGUCUGUACUGUGGGGACAAUGCUAGUUCUGGUUCCCAGGAUAGGAGCAUUUCCCAGCCUCACUCAGAAAUUAUUGAUACCGAUGAUCAUUCAAAUGCGAAAGUGCCAGUCAUGAUCCAGAAUAUCUUCAAAUCACUUGAAAAUCCUCAUGAUAUAGAGUUAGCAAUCAAUAAAUGCAAGCUUACAAUAACUGAGGAUUUGGUUGUACAGGUCCUUCUGAGGCACAACUCUGAUUGGAAGUCUGCCUUAUUCUUUUUUAAUUGGGCAUCUAGACAAGAAGGUUAUUUUCAUGGAUGGAGGUCCUAUAAUGUAAUACUUGAUAUUCUUGGACGAAUGAAACAGCUAAAAGUAAUGCAACAAGUUUUUGAUGAAGUACCAAAGGAGAGAGCAGCUAGAGUGAUUACUGAGAGAACAUUUGCAAUUCUAAUGAACAGAUAUGCAGCAGCUCAUAAAGUAGAAUCAGCCAUUGAAGUGUUUUACAAGAGGAAAGAUUAUGGCUUUGAAGGUCACUUGAUUGCUUUUCAAACACUUCUGAUGUGCCUUUGCAGGUACAAGCAUGUUGAAGAGGCCGAAGCCCUCUUUCUCAAAAAGCAAGAUGAGUUUCCUCCUGUUAUAAAAAGCCAGAACAUAAUACUUAAUGGUUGGUGUGUUUUGGGAAAUUCACGUGAAGCUAAAAGGUUUUGGAACGACAUAAUAUCUUCGAAGUGCAAACCUGAUCUGUUCACAUAUGGCACCUUCAUCAAUUCUUUGACUAAGUCUGGAAAGCUUGGCACAGCGAUGAAGCUGUUUGCUGCUAUGCGAAAAAAAGGUUGCAAUCCAGAUGUGACAAUUUGCAAUUGCAUCAUUGAUGCUCUCUGUUUCAAAAAGAAGAUCCCAGAAGCUCUUGGAAUAUUUAAUGAGAUGAAUGAACCGGGGUGCUUUCCUGAUGUGGCUACCUAUAACUCUCUCAUAAAGCACCUCUGCAAGAUUAGAAGAAUGGAGAAAGUAUUUGAGCUUUUGGAUGAGAUGGAGAGAAGGGGAUGUCUUCCAAAUGCUCGAACGUAUUCCUAUAUUCUGAAAACAACAAGGAAACCAGAAGAGGUUACUGAGUUACUGCAUGCAAUGGAAAGAAAAGGCUGCAAAAUGAAUGGAGACACCUAUAAUUUAGUACUAAACCUUUAUGUUCAAUGGAAUUACCAGGAAGGUAUCCAUUCUAUUUGGGCUGAGAUGGAAAAAAAGGGCUUGGGUCCUGAUCAACGGUCUUACACCAUAAUGGUUCAUGGAUUAUACAGCAAGGGUAAGUUAGAUCAGGCUCUUCAGUACUUCAGCGAAAUGAGCUUGAAAGGAAUGAGCGUAGAGCCCCGAACAAGGUUGCUAGUAGAGGCAAUCCACUUGAAAGAAGGAAAGCUUGCUAAGCUCGACAUAUCACCUUGAUCUUCUUUUGCUGCAGAAGGACAGGACAUUCAUGAUUAAGUUCUUUACAAGUGAUAUGAAUGAAGGUAUAUUGCUUUAGGCCGUCACUAGAUAUUAAAUUUUCCCCUUUUUCUUUUGCAUUACCUUAUAUCCUUUUCUUAGAUUAUACAUAUUAACCUAUAAGAUUAGAUUUAUCCUACUGUCUGAACUUGUUUUUGCACCUCAAUAAUUACACAUGCCUCUUUAAUUAUCCAAUUUCCAA